AUGUCAGAAGAAAAGGCCAAAUUUGAUUUUUACCUAAGUGAGCUUAUGACCGAAAGGAUACCUGCUGAAUAUCAGAAUCGUGAAUUACGGAGAGAAAAGAAGAAAAACCUUUUCAUCCCCAGUUCAUCACCAGUGGCUCUAACUAGUAAGCUUCCAAGAAACAUUGUACCUCGCGUCUUGGAGGAAGAAGGCUUCUACGUCAGUCAUAAACCAGAUGUGUUGAAAAAAAAUAUCAACAAAAUGGAGAAUCGUUUUCUCAUGCAAGAAGAGAGAAAAUAUUGGUUUGGCGAAGAUGGAAAUAUGAUUGCAUUACCAGACCCAGUUGAGUUAUCCUGGAAGUGUAGACUACCAUCUUUAGAUCAUGUUGUAGAGGAUCCUAAGCCAGGUCUAGAGACCGUAUAUAGAAAGGCAAUAGUGAGCGAACCAGCAAAAGCUAUUGACGGUCAUUUUGGGGCGAUUUCUCAAAUCUACCAGCUGGAUAUAAAUAUUGCAAAUUUGCGUUUUGUUCACCAUCCUUUAUUUAGCAGAGAACAUGUUCUGGCAGCGAAGCUUAUGCAGCUUUAUAACAAUUAUCAAGAGAGGCAAAAGAAAAACGUCAGCCAGCUCUUAAUAGAAAAACUUCAAACAUUGAAUAAUGCAAUAAAAAACUUAGAAAGACACUUGGAAGUGAAUUCUAUAAAUCUCAGCAAAAUUGAAGAUUUAAAGAAGCAAAUGAGGGAAACAAAGAGACUUCUGAAUGUUGAAAAGGAAAAAGAUCAUACUGUGUUAACAAACAUUUUAAAGGUCUGGAAACAGAUAAAAUCUUUGAGGAAAGUUAAAAUGUACAUCUGUACAUCAGUAAAGCUCCAAGUUCAAGAGUUAGAAGUGAAUUAUGAAGCAAUUGGAAAGCAAUGUGAAGUGGAAUACAUUGCAGAAGUAAUUGAACUAGGACAAGAACUUCAAGAAAAAUUUAGAAAAGAGAUGGAGACGUACAAUGAAAAAUUGAAAAAAUUGCAAAACAAAGAGGAUAGCAAAGAAAGAAGACCUCUGGAAGAUGAUGAACCGGGCAGUGAAUAUACUGAUGAUGACCCAGGAAAGCCUCCAAAGCUUUCUACUCCAACUGACCGAGAAAAAAUGGAAGAUAUGGCAAGAAAAAGAAGCACAUGGAUUCGGAGGCAACGAAUGAAACCUAUUCUGAUUCCUAAAUUAUCACAGACUGUGGAUGUAACACCAAUCUCAGAGUGCUCUGGGGGUGAAAUGGAAAGAAGGAUGGAAGUACAAGACCAUAAGUUCUUCAUUAGUAUUUUCUACAAUGACAAACUCGUUUCAUCCACUGUUACCUCACAGCUACAAUCGGAUUUCAAUGUACAAUUUAGACAAAUAUUCAACAUUCAGAUAAUUCACAAACCUGAAAGCAUCAGAUUUGAGGAUCUAGGCUCACUGCACACUUUGGAUACUUCUGCAGGCAUGCUGAGCAAACUGAAUAUUGCACUCAUUGUGUCUGCCAUGGAUGCACUUGAGGUAUCCUUCAAUUAUCUGAUGAUUGCAAGCGGAGGCAGGGAUAUCCAAGGUCAUCAGACUGCUGGAGGCCAGGUUCCUGCAGAGUCCGAGUCAGAUGACGAGCUUCUGGAUUCGGCUCUCACACAGAUGUUGGAGCUGCAAAGACAGACACGAGAACAUCAGACAGGGUUGUCAGAUGCUGUCACCAGAUUGCAACUGAUGAUGGAGGAGUCUCCCCGCGUUCAGCCUGAUGUCAUUGUGCCGACAUGUCAGCGCACCGAGGUCAGCAUGAGAUGGAUGUGCUGCAUUGACCUGAUUCGAAUCGCAACCAAGGUAGUAAGGGGCCCCAGCAUGGAGGGCAGUGGUGAAAGAGGCUCGUAUGAGCCAGUUGUCAUCAUCCAUCUGGAACUUGGUGGCUAUAAGCAUGCCAAGUGCAUGCCUGCCUUGACUGGUCCAUGCUAUGGCCUCUUCCUCUGGAGCCUCAGCUUCCUUGCCCUGAUUGAGCUCAACCCUUUGGACACCCUCAUCAUUAGAGAAGACUUGCAGCUCCUCCAUUGCACGCUCAAUGUGUCCCUUCUUGCCACACUGAUGGCAUUCAAGGUUUCUGCAACAAAAUUCAGAUGGAUGGUGACCGGGCUUUCCACAAUGGACCUUUUUGCUGGCCUGGCUGAUGGACAGAAAUUUAGCAAAAUAGAUCUAUACCAGGCCUACUUACAAAUGCACGUUGAUGAGAAGUCUCAAAAAUAUCUUACCAUCACAAUACUUGAGGGACUGUACAGAUAUUGCUGUUUGCCUUUUGGAAUAACAUCACCUCCAGCCUUGUUUCAGAGGGCCCUGGACCAGAUCCUGAGUGGCUUGCCUGGAGUUCAGUGCUACCUUGAUGACAUCUUGGUAAUGGACAAGACUGAUGAGGAUCACCUCAAGAAUUUAGAUGCCGCCCUACAAAGGCUAGAGAAGUAUGGCCUAUGGAUAUAUGAGUUAACGAACAAAAACAUCAACAUGCUGGCGAAGCUGUACAUACCCAUUCCUGAAUAUGUGUCAGCCAUCUGCUACCUGUUGCACAACAUGACAAUACAAAGAGCACUAGAGUUACAUGAAGAGGAGGAUCUGAUAGAACAAUCAAUCAUCCUGCUCUUCAUGGCUUCCAGUCUCACCAUUACUGAUAGCUUGUUGUGGUGGCACCAGCUCAAUAUCAAGCGCUGCCUCAUCCAGUCCUGUGAGAUUGUGAAGGUCGACAACAGCACCACCCAUACACCAUUUUUUGUGGAUGAAACUAACUCUGAAGAAUAUUUGUUAUUGACAUCUGGAAAAUUACUAUACACUGUAUCAUGGGGAGUGGGUAAGGAUGGCAAUGCUCUUGCACCACCUGCACCAAAACCAAAAACUUAUAAAGAAAGCAUGGAUGCUUUUGCAUCAAUUGGGAUGUCUUGGUUGAAUGACUUGCAGAAACUUGCUGAAUGGGCGAGACAAGCCAGAGUCGAUCCCAAUGAUCCCCAGAAUUCAGAUCUAAUGCAAUUAAUUAAGUAUGCAACUGAGGAGGGUCAAUAUGCUCCUGAAUGCUUCAGAGUAGACCAAAUACAAGAGGAGUUAAACUUUGUGACAGAUAAAAAAUGGGAGCUCUCUAAACGUUUUCGCCUACUGAUGCUUAGAAAUUCUGGAGCUCCUGAAUAUAGUUGCUUUAAGCAAGUGCCUCCGUAUGAAAAGGAGAUAUCUAACAAUAUUUUCCAGGCUAAUGUAUUCCAGCAAGGUGACAUUGCCUGCUGUGAGAAGACCAAGACAAUGAUGACUGGACAGCAACAAGUCCCCCACAUCACCAUUGAGGACAUCAACCACUUCCCCUACCUAGGAAGCAACAUCUCCAGGAAGGAUGAUGUUGAGAGUGACGUCCACGAACUUGAAAGCCAAAGGGAUGACGUUUUUAUGAUUAUGGGUGAAGAUUCACUAACAGAACAGAGAAUGGUGGCACUUAAAUAUCUGGAAAAGGAGGCCAAGUUGGUGCAGCAGAAUUCCUACCUGCUUGCAAGUUGCUAUUUGCACUUCUUAGUCUACUUACAAAUGGCCACAGGUGGCUCUGUGAAGGAGUUCCCCUUCCACGAGGUGGACGAUGAAGACGUCGACGCAGUGGCUGGGGCUGCACAUGAAGAGUCCAGCAGUGAUUCCGAGGAUAAGCAUACACAGGGAAAUGCUGAGGGGGUGAAAGCUUCUGUGAUGAAAAGAAUUUUAAGGGUCAAGCACCCUUACACAGUACUAGAUAUGGUGGUUGAAUGUGAAGAAAUUAGCACCAUAAGCCAAAUAAGUCUUGCCUUGAUAAAUAUGAUUACGCCUCGAAAAGCAUUGAGGCCAAUGCGUAAGGAGAGAAAGAAAGUACCUGCCCAGACCUUGUCUGAUGGAGACAUCAAGCUGCUUAUUAACAUAAUAGGAGCAUAUAACAUUCCAAUGAGGAAAUGUCUUACCAGGCCUCCUCUGGGGUCUCCACUUCUGCAUUACUACGCCAUCUCGCAAGUAGUAGCACUCAGGGAUUUGGGUGGCUUCUGCCUCAGAAUUCAAGUGCAACCCUUUGUGGAAGUUACCUUCCAGCAAUCAAUGUAUCAGACAAGUAUUGCUGAUGGAACCCAGCCGUGUUGGAAUGAAAAACUUGAGGUCGAAUUCAAAUCGCCAAAUGGAGAUUACAACAGUUCAACUUUAUGCAAAAUGAAGGACAAAAUAUUGAUUAAUGUAUUUGAUGACAUAAGUGUUCCUAACCCAGAGUCUUCAAUUAAUGCCUUGCAACAGUUAACAAAGGUUAACAAGCAGAUCAUCCCUUUUCAGAAAUUCUUGAGCAUUGAAUGUAACUAUGUUACCUUUUCACUGAAUACAGCAAAAGCAGGAGAGAAGAAGGAAAAGAAUGCGAUUGAGGCACCUGGCUUACCAAAGAGUCACUGCUUUGAGACUUGCAACCUUAAGCCACAUGUCAAGCAUUGGCUGGGAUCCAUUGCUAUUCCAUUCAAUACAGUACUCGAGCAAACAAAGGUCAAUGGUACUUUCAGAUUAGACACCCCACCAAUGUUACUAGGAUACGCUUGGAAGAAAAUAGAGGCAGACUCUUGUGAGCAAUUUUAUGAAUUUGGACUUGCAGAAAGCUCACUUUUAACAAUCUUUAUAACUCUGGAACCUCAGAUUUCUUGUUCCGAUAUUGAAGAUAAACAACUGCCUCUCUGGCAGUUGGAAACAAUAGAAGAUGAAGCAAUAUUGCAUAUGGCACAUACAUUUCAAAGGGAGUUUCAUAAUCUUUACCCAAAGCGAAGAAUCGUUGUCAGUAUGAUUGACACAGAAUGCAGAGUUGGGAUUGUUACAAGAUAUAUCAGACCACUUUGUCCACCACAAGAAUUACUUGAUGCAUUUUCUGAAAAUCCGGAAGCAACAUUUAAUCUCAUAGCUAGAUUUGUGUCCUUGAUUCCAUACCUUCCAGAUAACCUAGGUUUUUCAGAUUCCUGCAAUAUUUGGCUGACAUCACAGCAAUUUCUUAAUCUGAUACUUGGAGGUAAAGAGGACCAUGCAAUCCUUCUUUGUAACUAUUUCUUGUACAUGCAAGUGAAUGCUUUUGUACUGUUCGGAACCUCAAUUCUUGAUGGAGCGGCAGCUUAUGUGAUUACUCAAGAAAAAAUGAACACCAUGAUUUGGAAUCCAAAAACUGGAGAGUGUUAUGACCAGUAUGAUGCUUUUUGUUCUGUGCAAAGUGCUGAUUGCUUAAUCAAUAAUGAAAAUAUCUGGGUUAAUAUUCAAAUGAACAGUCUUCCUAUGAGUUUAAGUUUUGACGUCACAAAGGAAUAUAAUUGGCGACCAUUCUUCAUUAAGAGUUCCCAGCAUCAUGUACUAUCUUCUGUGCAGCCACAAGAAUUAAUCUACUAUUCCACAGAUGGAAGCAUGGUGGAUAAAUUGCAGAACAGAAUUGAAUGGGCGUUGAAAAACAAAAUUAUGGAUUGGAGAGCUCAACGCCCCACUCGAUGGAACCGUUACUGUACUGGAGUGUUUCAAAAUUUUCUCCCUCUACUAGAGCAAAACCUUGGUCGCUCAGUAAGUGAAGAACAGAGCACAGCAUUAGAGAGUUCAUUAAAAGAAUUCAAGGUUUCAGGAUUUCCUAUCCAGAUGCGCUACUCAAAUUUGGAGACAAUAUUUGAUAAAGUCUACAGUACUGGUAUUCAUAAAAUAGAAAUCCCUAAUGUAGAGUUUGCUGUUGCAGUGUAUAUUUAUCCGUACCCUAACAAUGUAUUAUCAGUGUGGAUCUAUGUAGCAUCUUUGGUUUUUACAAUUAAAGCUUUGUCUAGUCUUGAAGUUGCUGAAAUAAAUGAAGAUGUAUGCUUUAGACUUGCCGCCCUAUUAUCUUAUGGCAGCUUAGAGACAAAACAAAUGUACCAGCAAGAAAAGGCAGAGGAAGAGGUCCAGCCAGCACCUCAGCCCCAGCCUCCAGACCACCUCAGAUGA